UAAAAGAGAAAAAAUAUGAUACGGAGUAUAUUUGUAUUGACUAAUUUAUUCAUCCUUUAUCAGAAGACGCCAGCGGCGUUCUCCGUCUCCUUUCGCCGCCAACCCUUUCACGCGCCGCCGUCAGUGAAUUUUUGAAUAGCUCCAAGGUUAGCAAUAUGGUGUCGGGAUUAAUAAACGCGAACCCUGUUGUCUAUGAGAGAAAGGAGCGACAAACUCGAAGUGCACCAGGUGAUGUGGAUGAAUACGCAGUUGAGGCAAUUGACCAGCUAGAAAUUUUUGAGCAUAUUAGAGACGUAAAAGAUCCAGAGCAUCCUUAUUCAUUGGAAGAGUUGAAAGUGAUAACGGAAGAUGCAAUUGAGGUUGAUGACAAGCGUAGCUACGUGAGGGUCACAUUUACUCCGACCGUAGAGCAUUGCAGCAUGGCGACAGUAAUUGGCUUAUGCUUGCGGGUCAAACUCAUGCGCUCUUUGCCACAACGUUACAAGGUGGAUAUUAGAGUAGCACCUGGUUCUCAUGCCUCUGAAGCUGCAGUAAACAAACAGCUAAACGACAAAGAACGCGUGGCAGCAGCUUUAGAAAAUCCUAACCUCGUUGAUAUGGUCGCUGAAUGCCUUGCGCCCUCAUAUGGAUGAAAAAAGGCCUUUGUUAUAAACUUAUAAUCCUCUCAUUAUAGAAUCUUUUGCAAUACCUUAUUUAGAUCUGGGAGUUUUCUGUAUUUUUUUUCUAUACAUGUCAAAAUUGUAUUACUUUUGUCACAUCAUUUAGACUUUUCUUGUAUUUAGGGGAUUAGAUUCAGUUGUUGACAGUGUAUGCCUUGAUUUAUUUCAGUAUUACAGUUACUGAAUAGAUGUACUUUAUCAAUAACAAAUUACACACAUUGUUUUAGAA